CUAGUCUGCGAUCGCUGAGUGUGGGUUAGGGCUUAAAAGAAGUGUAAAAACAAGUCAAGAAAGCAAUAUACAGAAACGUAUAAAACAGUGUUGCUGCAGUAAAUAAAAUGGCGUUUUUGAAAAUUUGCAUAUUCGCCAUUGUUGUUGGCACCGCUUUAGCGCAACGUAAUAACUUCCGCAAAGGCGCCGGACAUCCAGCCUCACAGCGGCAUCUGCCAAAACGACCAACAGAUCCACCACCAACGGAAGAGGGCUACGAGCCAACGGACGAAUGUCCAGAACCAAAUGGUUUCUUCCCCGACUUGGAGCAGUGCGACAAAUACUAUUCAUGCUACGAGGGCAAGCCGACUGAACGCCUCUGUGCCGAUGGCAUGGUCUUCAAUGAUUACAGUCCUCUGGAGGAAAAAUGCGAUCUGCCAUACAACAUUGAUUGCAGCAAGCGCUCCAAAUUACAGACACCGCAGCCCUCGCAACAUUGUCCACGCAAGAACGGUUACUUCGGUCACGAGGAGAAGGGUGUGUGCGAUAAAUUCUACUACUGUGUCGAUGGACAAUUCAAUAUGAUCACCUGCCCCCUGGGCCUGGUGUUCAAUCCCAAAACCGGCAUUUGCACAUGGCCCGAUGAGGUUGGUGUGAAGGGUUGUAAUUCGCAGGACAUUUUCGAAUUCGAAUGCCCCAAAGUAAAUGAGUCCGUGGCGGUCACACAUCCACGUUAUUCCGAUCCCGAUGACUGUCAAUACUUCUAUGUGUGUGUAAAUGGUGAGAUACCGCGACGCAACGGCUGCAAGCUGGGACAGGUUUUCGAUGAGGAGAAAAAGCACUGCGACUGGUCGCGCAACGUGCCCGAAUGCGCCGACUGGUACAAGGAUCGUCUGACCGACGCCGAACUGGAGGAAUUGGAGAACCCGAAACCGAAAACCAAGAAACCACAGCGCACACGCGGUCCAUCACGACGAAAGCCCGCCAAAGCGGCGCACGUUGAAGAGGAGGCCGAGGAGGAGUAGUGGUGUAGCUAGCGUUUAAAGCCGACAGCUACGUCCAUAGCUUUAAGUUUUUUUGUGUUUCUUUUGUCGUCGUUCGAAAUUCGCCAAUAAAAGCACGACAGAGUAUUUCUAUAAA